AUGGCCUCCCUAUACAACAAAAUCCGCUCCGUCUCGUUCGACGUGCUGUGGCGCACGGCGCUCGUGCGUCUGCCGCGCGCCGUACCGCUCUCGGCACUCAAGUGGACCUCACCCGAGGGCCCGCAUCCAUUCAUCUUCCAGAUGCCAUCCAGAUCCGCCGACUACACAAUACCGCUCUACAUCUUCAUCCCCACGCGCUUCUACGACGACUGGCCAUCCACGGGCGCACCCGUGCUCGUCGAUUUCCACGGUGGCGGCUUCUACCUCGGCUCGUGCCUCGAACAGGCACCCUUUUGCUCGAGCAUGGCGAGAGAGCUUGACUCGAUCGUCAUCAGCGUCGACUAUCGCAUGGGCCCUUUCCAUCGCUUUCCGGCUGCCAUCGAGGACGGCGAAGAUGUGCUCAGCGCCGUUCUCGACCGCGACUUUGCCGGCUACGAGCCGCUACGCAACGCAAUCGCCGCGAGAGUGCAGUCUGAGAAGGCGAAACUCGCAAAAAGCGGCGCAGAGGCGCUUGCUGAACAGCACAAGGUCGAGCUGCAGCAGGGCAAGAUCGAACAAGUCUCUGCACCUCCGACCUCGGGCCCUUCGUCAGCUGGUGCCGCUUCCUCCUCUUCGUUCGACUUUGAUGCAAGCAAGGUCUCGGUUUCGGGAUUCAGCUCGGGUGGUAAUCUCGCCCUCAACUUGGCGCUCCACAUUAAGCCGCCUGAACUCGACACGGAGUGGCCUAGCAAGUUCGCGCAGAACCACCCUGCACCCAUCCCACUGCUGCUCUUCUAUCCUUCGUUCGACCUGCGCCAGCUGCCGUCUCAGCGAUCUAGACCACAACACAUGGCCCUCCCAUCACCCUUUUGGACCAAAGUGGCCGACGCUUUAGCACCCACCUACGCCGAGCAGGAACAGACGAACCAUCCGCGUGUCUCGCCGGGUCUGGCGUCGCUUGAGUCUCUCCAUCCCGCGGCCCGCGUGUUCCUGGUGCUGUGCGAGCUCGACACGCUGGCAGAACAGUCGAAAGAGUGGGUUGCCAAGAUGCAGAAUCACGAGCGUACCGAGCACCUCGUGGUCGAAGACGUCGCCAACAUGAAGCACGGCUGGACCCAGAUGCCCGACGGCUGGCUCUCGCCUGAAGAGAAGCAAGCGAAAGAGGCUGUAUUCACCAAGGCGAUCGCGUUUGUUCAGUGGGCAUGGAACGGAUCCAAUGGCGACGCCAAGCCCCGAUCGGAAGUCAUCGUUCCUCAGAAAGACACGGCGGAAGUAUCAAAGACCACAGUCUCGACUGCAUCGAUGGCGGAACAAGACUAG